CAGCUGUUCUACUUUCACCGCAAUCACUUCUCUGCAGCGACGAAAACAUCUCAUUCCAAUCUUGAAAAGAUCUCCCGCAUCCUUGUCCCAUACAAAUAAAAUAACGAUGGCUGCAACUGCUCCGGUAAUUAUGCGCGUCAUGGCGUCCUCGAUCAGCACCGCCAAGCGGGCUGGCGGCAUCAUACGCGACGUGCUCAAGAAGGGUGACCUGGGCAUAGUGGACAAGGGCAAGAACGAUCCGCAGACGGAGGCAGAUCGCUCUGCCCAGCGUUGCAUUAUCGCCUCCUUGGCCAAAAAGUUCCCCACCGUCAAGAUCAUUGGCGAGGAGGGUGGAUCCGAUCUGAAUGUCUGCGACGACUGGCUGGUGAACGAGUUGGAUGAGGAAUUCCUGCAGCACAGUUGCCCCGCUGAGUGGAAGGAUGUCAAGCCCGAGGACUUUGUCAUAUGGGUAGAUCCCCUAGACGGCACAGCGGAGUAUACACAGGGACACGUUGAACACGUGACCGUCCUGAUCGGCAUAGCCGUGAAGGAUGCUGCUGUGGGCGGCAUCAUUCAUCAGCCAUUCUACCAACAGCCCGAUGGCGAAAUGGGUCGCACCAUUUGGGGCCUGAAGGGUCUGGGCACGGGAGGAUUCACGGCAGUCCCCGCGCCAGCCGGCCAGUUCAUCAUAACCACCACUCGCUCGCAUUCCAAUGCCCUGCAUCAGCAAGCCCUCAACGCAUUCGCAUCCACAGAAGUUCUGAAAGUCGGAGGCGCUGGGUUCAAAGUGCUCCAGCUGCUGGAGGGAAAGGCCCACGCGUACGUCUUCGCCACGCCGGGCUGCAAGAAGUGGGACACCUGCGCACCCGAGGCCGUUCUAGAGGCCCAGGGCGGCUGCCUCACCAACAUCAACGGCGAGCACUACGCCUACAAUGCGGAUGUGGAGCACGUGAAUCGACAGGGAGUGCUGGCCAGCCUGGGACAGGACCAUGCCGCGCUGGUGGAAAAGAUUCCCGCCGAGGUGCGGGCAGCAGUGGGAGCCAAGUGAGAUAGCUUUGAAUUCCAGCACUUUAUUAGUUUAUUUGCACUAAAAGUAAACACACAUAAAUUAAGCAAUAACAGGUUAGAAAUUUGAAAAUUGUUAAAACUGG